UAUUGAUGUCACGUAUUAUAUGAAUGACUCGCAAACAUGUGUUUCAUUUCGUAAACGUAAACAUGUUUUGAAAAAGUUUUCAUAAUUUGAUUGAAAUUACAAUUCAUUUCAUAUUUGUGUCCCAAUUAUCACAAAACUAUCUUCAAAGCGGAUCCACUCGUAUCCUCGAGAUGUCCAUCACUUGCAGCCGAUGUCAGACUCAGAGACCAGUUCUCAAAAGACCCAAAAAUGGAUCAGCUCUUUGUAAGUCGUGUUUCUUCCACUGCUUCGAGACCGAAGUCCACGAGACUAUCACUUCGGGACAGCUCUUCAAACGCGGCGACAGAGUGGCGAUCGGCGCCUCCGGAGGCAAAGACUCGACUGUAUUGGCGUAUGUCAUGAAACUGCUGAACGAACGGUACGACUACGGACUGGAUCUACAGCUGCUGUCCAUCGAUGAGGGCAUCGCUGGCUAUAGGGAUGACUCGCUGGAGACCGUCAAACGUAAUCAAAGCCAAUACGGACUGCCGCUGAAGAUCCUGUCGUACGACGAGCUCUACGGCUGGACUAUGGAUGCGGUGGUGCGGGAGACGGGUCUCCGCAAUAACUGCACGUUUUGCGGCGUAUUCAGGCGCCAGGCGCUGGACAGGGGCGCCGCCGCCAUCCAGUGCGAUGUGAUCGCCACCGGACACAACGCCGACGACAUCGCGGAGACGAUACUCAUGAAUAUAUUGCGCGGAGAUAUCGCGCGCCUCAAGAGGGCCACCAAUAUAGUGACCAAUUGUGGCGAUGAUAGCGAGCCGUCCGACGAGAGUACCAUCGCUCGCGUCAAGCCAUUCAAGUACUGCUACGAGAAGGAGAUAGUACUCUACGCCUACUUCCAGAAGUUGGACUACUUCUCGACGGAGUGCAUAUACGCCCCCAACUCGUACCGCGGCUUUGCCCGCACUUUCCUCAAGGACUUGGAGUCCGUUCGGCCGUCAGUUAUAUUAGAUAUCAUUCAUUCGGGAGAAGUAAUGGCGCUCAAGGAGAGCGUGCGACUGCCCCCGAGGGGCACCUGUACUCGCUGUGGCUUCAUAUCGAGUCAGUCCGUGUGUAAGGCGUGUGUUAUGCUUCAGGGACUCAACAAUGGUUUACCCAGACUUGGGAUCGGGAAGAGUAGUAAAGUGCUGGACAUUCGCAGACCUGUUGUCCAUAAGUCUAAUAAAUUGCAGUUUUGAGUCGCUUUUCAUUUGAUGAAACAAUUUAUUUAUUUGAACUUAACAUUGAU